CGGCCGCGGCCCCGAGCUCGAGGCAGCCAUGGCGCCCCGAAGCCCCCGGCAGCAGUCGGAGGAGGACCUGCUCCUCCAGGACUUCAGCCGCAACCUGUCGGCCAAGUCCUCGGCGCUCUUCUUCGGGAACGCCUUCAUCGUGUCGGCCAUCCCCAUCUGGCUGUACUGGCGCAUCUGGCACAUGGACCUCCUGCAGUCGGCCAUCCUCUACAGCGUCAUGACCCUCGUCAGCACCUACCUGGUGGCCUUCGCCUACAAGAACGUCAAGUUCGUGCUCAAGCACAAAGUGGCGCAGAAGCGCGAGGAUGCGGUUUCCCGAGAAGUGACACGCAAGCUCUCGGAAGCCGAUAACAGGAAGAUGUCUCGGAAGGAGAAGGACGAGAGGAUCCUGUGGAAGAAGAACGAGGUGGCAGACUACGAGGCCACCACCUUCUCCAUCUUCUACAACAACACCCUCUUCCUGGUGCUGCUGCUCGUGGCUUCCUUCUUCGUCCUGAAGAACUUCAACCCCACCGUCAACUACAUCCUGUCCAUCAGCACGGCCUCGGGCCUCAUCGCCCUCCUGUCCACGGGCUCCAAGUAGCCAUGCAGCUCGGGGGGCCGAGGGGGCAGGGACGCCCAUCUUUCUGGUUGGGAGAUAAUAGAAGGUGUUGGAACCCCCAAA